GACCAACGACCAGCUAGCAAGUGAAAGGUUUAAGCGUGUUACAGCCUCACAUUGAUUUGAGAGAAUGGUCCUAACACAUGAUCUUGUGCCUAUAUAAACUCUCUUUUAUUUUAUUCACAAAAUCAUCAAAAUUAAAACAAACACAUACAUCAUACAUAAGAUCAUGAUGAUGUGUUCUUCUUUGUGGACUUGUUUCAUUUUGUUAUCAUCACUUGUUUAUGCUACCUUUGCUGCCACUCCAAGGACUCCUAUUGAUGUUCCUUUUGGCCGUAAUUAUGUCCCUACUUGGGCUUAUGAUCAUAUCAAAUACUUAAAUGGUGGUUCUGAAAUUCAGCUUAAUCUUGAUAAGUACACUGGUACUGGCUUCCAAUCCAAAGGGUCUUAUUUAUUUGGUCAUUUUAGUAUGUACAUAAAAAUGGUUCCUGGAGAUUCAGCUGGCACCGUCACUGCUUUUUACUUAUCUUCUCAAAAUGCAGAACAUGAUGAGAUAGAUUUUGAGUUCCUAGGAAACAGAACAGGUCAACCAUACAUUUUGCAAACAAAUGUGUUCACAGGAGGCAAAGGUGAUAGAGAACAAAGAAUUUAUCUUUGGUUUGAUCCUACAACAUCUUAUCACAGAUAUUCUGUGUUGUGGAACUUGGUGCAGAUUGUUUUCUUUGUUGAUGAUAUCCCAAUAAGGGUGUUCAAGAACAGCAAUGACUUAGGAGUUAAAUUCCCAUUUAACCAACCAAUGAAAAUAUACAAUAGUUUAUGGAAUGCUGAUGAUUGGGCCACAAGAGGUGGUUUAGAGAAAACAGAUUGGUCCAAAGCACCCUUCAUAGCUACUUACAAAGGGUUCCAUAUUGAUGGUUGUGAAGCUUCUGUUAAUGCAAAAUUUUGUGACACACAAGGAAAAAGAUGGUGGGAUCAACCCGAAUUUCGCGAUCUUGAUGCUGCUCAAUGGCAAAGGUUAAGAUGGGUGCGACAAAAAUACACAAUUUAUAACUAUUGCAAUGAUCGCAAACGUUACCCUCAAAUUCCUUCGGAGUGUACAAGAGACAGAGACAUUUAAACAUUCAUAUACUAUACAUUCAUAUACUUAUAUACUAUGGAGAAUAUUUUUCUCAAAUGUGUGUUAAAAUUGUGAUAAAAAUGAGAUUUUAUUUUCGUAUAUAUUAAUUAAUUAAUGAGAAGAACUAACAACACACUAUUUUCAACAGACACUCUUUUAUUGAUUGAAAUUCAAAUGGAUUUCAUUAAAUUAUGUGGGUUACACAUAAAUUUUGCAUGAUCCAUAUGAAUAUCUACCAAUAAAAAGAGCAUAUUGUAAAUAGUGUACGUUGUUGGUGUAAUUCUUAAUGAAUACUCAUAAAGUUCUUAUGUAUACUUGAUCACACAUUACACAUUAGUGUAUUGAUGUAAAGUGGUUGUUAAUAAUUUACAUUAUUUAUGAUUAUAGUUGUUAUAUAUAAUUGUUUGAGCUAUGUAAUUAAGCAAAGAUUUGUGGAAUGAAAGCAUAUAUGAUGAGUCUUUGGCUCUCUUGUUAAACAUUUGUG